AAAAAUGGUGUCGGGAUCAGGGAUCUGCUCGAAGCGCGUGGUCGUCGACGCGCGGCACCACAUGCUCGGACGCCUUGCUUCCAUCGUGGCCAAGGAGCUUCUGAAUGGACAGAAGGUGGUCAUUGUCCGAUGCGAGGAGAUUUGUCUCUCUGGUGGACUUGUGCGUCAGAAAAUGAAGUAUAUGAGGUUCCUUCGUAAACGUAUGAACACUAAGCCGUCGCAUGGGCCUAUUCACUUCCGUGCUCCUUCCAAGAUCUUUUGGCGUACUGUUCGUGGUAUGAUUCCACAUAAAACGAAGCGUGGAGCUGCUGCACUUGCACGCAUGAAGGUUUUUGAAGGUGUGCCUCCACCAUAUGACAAAGUCAAGAGGAUGGUUAUCCCUGAUGCUCUCAAGGUCUUGAGGCUGCAAGCUGGCCACAAGUACUGUCUGUUGGGUCGUCUUUCUUCUGAAGUCGGGUGGAACCACUAUGACACCAUCAAGGAGCUGGAGGCGAAGAGGAAAGAGAGAUCUCAAGUGGUAUACGAGAGGAAGAAGCUACUUAACAAACUUAGAGUCAAGGCCGAGAAGGUCGCUGAAGAGAAGCUUGGAACACAGCUCGAGAUUCUUGCACCAGUUAAGUACUGA